ACUGAAUUUUGACGUCGCAUUGAACGUCAUUACGCAACAGCACGCUAGGCGGUGACGUCAUCACGAUAGGCACGCCGGGCGGAGACGUAAUCGCGUAAUGCCACGCACUAGACGUACGCCGUCAAGACGCUGCGUACGGCCUCAAUGCGCGUGCGGACCGUUAGGCGGUUGCCCCGCUGGAUUUUUGGACAGUGUCAGUUUUCGGGAGCCCGCGCGAUGUCCGGACCAGCCGCGCACAACUCCAUACGGCUCCGGCGAUCAAAGUGGGACCGGCCCCGCGAGGCCGUACGGUUAAAGCGACCACGUUAGGUCGUUAGGUCGUGCUCGCCGCUUGAUGGUGGCACAGGCCCUUAAAGAUUCUGGCGACGUCAGUGGGGUUCUGGAUGCCCCAGAGGUGAUGAUCAAUGGCAUCAUAUUUACCAGCAAGUGGUGCCAUAUCUGUAAAAUCUACCGUCCCCCAAGAUGUCGACACUGCUACAGCUGCGAUGUGUGUGUAGAGGAUCUUGACCAUCACUGUUUCUUCCUCAAAAAGUGCAUUGGGAAAAGAAAUCAUCGUUUUUUCUACACUUUACUCUUUUCCUUAACUGUCUAUUUUCUUCUCAUGCUUUCUUUCUGCACUAUCUUUCUAGUGAAAAAUCCCAAUGCACUAUUUCUAUCCACGAUCACCACUUUUAUUCUUGCUACAAUUUCGCUUCUUGCUUCUGUACCGUUAUUUUUCUUUUUCGCUUUCCACACUUACCUCAUCGCAGAUGGACUGACCACGUAUGAGCAGAUUUUGAGGUUAUAUAAAAGCGAUAAGAAUCCUUUUCACAAAGGAUGUUGGAGAAACUUUACUGCCCUGUUGUUCGGUAACCAGCUAUCGAGUUGUAAAACAGUGACUGAAGUCACUGAAGUCACAGUGAUCCCAGGUCAUCUGGUGGAAUGUCCAUCCGUCAGUUCAAAGUGUGCAGACACCACAUCUACGACUUUUAUAUCCAUCCUAUCUCGUUCCAAUGCUGUUGUUCCACUACCUGUCACUUUUGUUCCUACUUUGCCCAACCGCCCUCAAAGUGCCCCCUUGCCCACUUUCUCUUACCUUAACGAAAACUCUGGUGCUCCAUUUCAAACUCUUUCCUCUCAAAUGGUCUAUUUACCUGUUACCACAUUAUCUACCCAUUCCCCUGACAAUACCCACUCCAGCUCCCUCUCCUUAUAAAUGUCCUGCCUAAAUCUUAACUUCCACUGCUCGAAUCAACAGAACUGGAACGAAUAUAACAAACUAUUUUCCUUGCUACCUUCCCACUUCCCACUUCUCUUCCCCCCCCCACCCCUGCUUCUAUUUGGACUGAUGGUGGUGCAUUCCAAUGCCUGUGACCUGUGCAACUAAAGGCAUGGUUGCCAAUGAAGGAACAACUGCAGUACUGAGACGGCUCCAACACAAAUGUGACAUUUGGGCAAAAUGAUUCUCCAUCAACGUGGAUGAAGAAGUUAGCAAUUCACAAACGUCUGUGAGGACAGGAAGAGGCAUAGAGGUAACAUUCUACAAAUGUGACUUAUUGGCAUCUAUGACAUGCUGGGAAAUACAUGGGAAUGGACUGAAUCGGAGUACGUUCCAGCAGGCCCACCGGUAAAGGUUGAAUCUCAGAAGAUUUAUGUUCUGCGUGGAUCCUCAUGGAUUGACAGUGUGGAUGGACUUGUGAAUCAUAAAGCACGGGUCACAAGCAGAAUGGGAAACACCGCAGACUCAGCUUCCGAUAACCUGGGAUUCCGAUGCGCUAAAAGCCUGGCUC